GAGGUGGGGGUGGAGAUGGUGGGGGUGGAGGAGGUGGUGGUGCUGGGGAUGGAGGAGGAACGCUGAUGUCUCUCCAAGAGAUGGUUUUCCUCUCAGUGUCGGCUGCUCUGGACGGAUCUUCAGUGACUCCGGGACUUAAAGCGAGCGACAUGUUGACAUCCGCUCUGGCCGAGAGGACCCUGGAGAGCACCCCAACCCGGGGGCCGGACAGCCCAUUCCGCCCCUCUGGCGCGCACUGCAAGGUCAGCACCAAGUCCCAGCCCCGCGAGCCCGGGGGGAGACCGGAGUGGCUCGGCCACACGCCUGGCCCCGGGAGAGACCGGCAGCAUGACCGGGUCCCAGACGGGGCGCGCGAGGCGGAGGAGGAGGAGGAGGAGGAGCAGGAGGAGGAGCAGGAAGAGGAGGAUGGCGGUCCGGAGGGGGACGGUCUCCCGCGCCGCAGGGGUCUUCGGAGGAGGAGGGUGACCCAGGCCCGAUGGGACCGCGUGAGGCUGCGGCGCAUAGAGGCCAACACGCGCGAGCGGAACCGCAUGCACGGGCUGAACCAUGCGCUGGACGCGCUGCGCAGGGCGGUGCCGUGCCCCUCGAGGACCCAGAAGCUCUCCAAGAUAGAGACGCUCCGCCUAGCCCGGAACUAUAUCUGGGCCCUGAGCGAGGUGCUGAGUGCUGGGAAGAGACCCGACCUGCUGGCCUUCGUCCAGACCCUGUGCAGAGGCCUCUCCCAGCCCACCGCCAGCCUGGUGGCCGGCUGCCUGCAGCUCAGCGCCCGGCCCUCUGGCCCCGAGCCCCGCGUGGAGGCCGCCUUCCCCGGGCGCGCUACGUUCGAUACCGUCUAUACGCCCUACCGCUUUCGCCAUGAUGCUGGCACGGGGCCCUGCGCCUCCGGCGGUCAUGAGGGUGGCAGCAGCGUCAGCAGCGCGGAAGGAGGUGGCAGGCCGUUCCCUGCGUACUCCGCAUUCUGCGGCCUGGCGGCGACCUACCAGCCUUUCUACGAGAGAGCGUCCCCCGAGUGCUCGAGUCCGACGUGCGACGGCGGCGCGCUCAGCCCCCCACUCCACUACCACGGGAUAUUCUCCCUGAAGCACGAGGGGCCCUCGGAACCGGAGGGGCACUCGGACCCGGACGGGACGCGCUGCCGCUUCGGGACGUGCCGCCGCUUCGGGACGUGCCGUUGCGCAGCGGCUUCUGGCGGUGCAGCUCUGCGCCGCUGCGCCGCAGCGGACGCCCACGUCCCGUACGACGUCCAGCUCCGAGAACAGUUCCUCACGGCGCAGGACCAGUUGAACAUCGUGCAGGACCAGUUCUACACCGCCUUUCAACAGUAGCGAACCGCCGUGGAGCGGGAACACUUAUCUUAAGAGGGAGGACAGAACUCCCCUCAGAGGGGGCGGCCCGGCUCCCGUCUGGACGGGGGACCGAGUCUGGACCUCAGGACCUCAGGGUCUGGACCUCUGGACUUCAGGGUCUGGGCCAGGGUCUGGACCUGGACCAAGAGGUUGUUAUUUAGCUGAUCGUUAAUCAGUCUCCAUCUGAUCUCAGAAGCCUUGAGGUUAAUGAGCUCACAUUGUUUGGUUUUAGAGGGAAUCCUGUAUUCUGAAAGAGAGGUCACUGGUAUAGUCUGAGUGAUGCCUGACACACACACACACACACACACAC